AUGUUCUUCGCAAAUGGCUUCGUGGAAACAGACCGACGUGCGUCAACUGCAGGCUCGGAAGAGAACGAUAUUCUUCGCGAGCUCCUACUCGACGGUGAGUUCGUGUCACCGCGACAUCUCCCACCAACACCAGCCAAGAUGUACGGGGACAACUUCAGCAAUCCCGCUUCAACGCCCGGUCUCUCAAAGCGCAACAGUCCACAAGUCGACGUCUCGUUCCCGCAGAUCUGCUUCGACAACUCGCCCCACUUCACACGCUUGCAGCCAUUGUCCAGCCGCAGUUGCACCAGCUUCUCGUUGCCAAACCAGUCUCCACUUCAAGCAUCCGUUGUCAACUCCAUUGUGUCGCCACCGCGUGUAUUCGUGCAAGAGUUCGCACGUCUUCCUCAACCAUUCUUCCAAGACAACGUGUCGCUGGAUAUCGACAUGCGCAGCAGCAAACCUGAGAAAUCCACCGUGUCGUUCCUGACGUCUUGCCUGCCUCCUGCCCCGCUGCCCAUGUUGUCAAUGCCCCCGCUCAAGAAGAAGAAACUCUCGACCACCACCACAUCGUCAAGCAACGACAGGAAACAAUUGCGCUGCAAGUACCCAGACUGCCCCAACCUUCGUCGUUCAGCAGGCUUCUGCAAUCGCCACAGCGGCAAAGUGUGCAGUAUCUCUGGCUGUAACAAGUCUGCUCUUAGUCGGGGAAAAUGCCCAGAGCACGGUGGUGGAUCACGCUGCAAGAAAGAGGGCUGUUCAAAGUUUGCUCAGACCCGCGGACUGUGCAAGUCACACGGCGGCGGCCGCCAGUGCAACGUCAGUGGAUGCACCAAGAACGCGCACCAGAAUCGACUGUGUCGUUCACACGGUGGUGGCAAACGGUGUGACUACUUCGGGUGCCCCAAGUGGGCACAGCGGUCAGGAUACUGUUGUGCCCACACUAAGAUGAGCUCCACUGCCGGUUCAACGCCAAGUAGUGAUUCUCUGCGCUCUCACCCCAACAUCCCAGCAAUAAUUACAUCGUCCUCUGCGUGUAUGCUCCCCGCCCCCGUCCCGUCGCCGACCUUGCUGUCUCCUCACCGCCUCUUCUCGUUGCUGCCGUAA